CCGGGCAUCACGUCACGUGUCAGGGCUCCCGGGUCCUGGGCCAAGUUUUCCGUGUCAGAUCAUCCACGGAGCUUCGGCACAGCAGCCCACACGGUCCGACCCUCCCGCGCGCAUCCCCGCUCCACGCUGCGUAAUAGCAGCACCUCCGCGCGGACGGACGGACGGACGGACGGACGCACGCAUGGAUGGAUGGAGGCAUGGAUGUGGAUAGACGUUCCCGUUUAAUCAAGACCACUUUUAAGUGACUUAUUUGAUCACUUCCAGUUUUUUUUUCUUAUCUUUUCCUUUGAAUCCACGGAUUAUCUGAAAAGCAAAACAAGGAUUUUCUGAGGAGACAGAAGGAAGGGAAGAAAGAAAGAAGGGAAGAAAGGGAAGCUCCGGGUUGCUGAGAAAGGCUGGGUGCGCAAGAACGACGGAAAGUCACGGAUCAUGCUUAUGGGAACUUCCGAUUCCGUCUCGAUCAGAGUGGCUCUGCCUGAUGCUCUAUCAUGACUGAUGGAGAGGGGAGAGCGCGCUUUCAGUACGCAGAGUGUGAGGAGGAGCAGGAGGAGCUCCAGGAGGAGGUGAGGCUUGCCAUACCAACGCCCUACAGGAGCGACACAGCAGGUCACGAUGUUGACCCGGGAGGAAGCCGGGAUGCGGAGGAGGAGGGGCCGGAGGAAGAGGAGGAGGAGGAGGAGGAGGAGGAGGAGGAGGUGGAGACCAGGAGGAGGAGGAGGAGGAGGAGGAGGAGGAGGAGGAGCAGUGGUGGUCCAGGAGAGGGAGGGGAUGAAUGGAGUCCUGAAGUUCAGGAGCAUGAUGAACAGGAACCGGAGCUGGAAGUGGAAGUUGGACCAACGCUGGGAGUUCGCAUCACGGCCCCCAUCCGUGACCCAGACUGCGUUUCUGAGGAGGAGGAGCAGCAGCCGUACCCCGCCCUGGCCCCCGUGGCCUUCUUCUGCUUAAAGCAAACUACGAGACCUCGCAACUGGUGUCUUCGUGUCGUCUGUAACCCGUGGUUCGAGCACGUGUCCAUGCUGGUCAUCCUGCUCAACUGUGUGACUCUGGGGAUGUUUCAGCCGUGUGAGGACGUUUCCUGCCAGUCAGAGUGGUGCCGCAUCCUACAGGUGUUGGACGACUGCAUCUUUGCGUUCUUCGCAGUGGAGAUGGUCAUCAAGAUGGUGGCCCUGGGCAUCUUCGGCCCCAACUGUUACCUCGGGGACAAGUGGAACCAGCUUGACUUUGUCAUCGUCAUGGCCGGGGUGAUGGAAUACUCUCUGGAUGGCCACAAUGCCAGUCUGUCAGCCAUCCGAACUGUCCGGGUCCUCCGGCCGCUGCGAGCGAUCAACAGAGUGCCAAGUAUGAGGAUCCUGGUGACACUGCUGUUGGACACCCUGCCCAUGUUGGGAAAUGUUCUCCUCCUCUGCUUCUUUGUCUUUUUCAUCUUCGGCAUUGUGGGAGUGCAGCUCUGGGCAGGACUGCUGCGCAACCGCUGCUUCCUGGGAGAGGACGUCAGAACAAUGUACAAUCUGUCUUUAAAACCUUACUACAUGUCCGAGGAAGGCGAGGACAGCCCGUUUAUCUGCUCAGCCGCCCGUGAGAAUGGGAUGCUGCGCUGCCACGAUGUGCCAGCCUACACCGAGGGCGGGGCCGAGUGCUCACUGGCCCCUCCCAAACCCAGCUCGGCCCUGGCUGGGCCGUCCCCGGCGGCGGGCGGCGCCAGCGUUAACGGCUGCGUUAACUGGAACCAGUACUACAGUGUGUGCCGCCCCGGGGAGCUCAACCCUCACAAGGGAGCCGUCAACUUUGAUAACAUUGGCUAUGCUUGGAUAGCCAUAUUCCAGGUCAUUACACUGGAAGGAUGGGUGGAUAUCAUGUACUAUGUCAUGGAUGCUCACUCCUUCUACAAUUUUAUAUAUUUUAUACUGCUCAUUAUUGUGGGCUCUUUCUUCAUGAUCAACUUGUGCCUCGUGGUCAUUGCCACCCAGUUCUCCGAGACGAAGCAACGGGAGAACGCCCUGAUGAGGGAGCAGCGCGCUCGCUACAUGUCCAACGACUCCACGCUCGCCAGCUACAGCGAGCCGGGGUCAUGCUACGAGGAGAUGCUGCGCUACAUCAGCCACCUUUACCGCAAGUUUACCCGCCGGCUGCAGAGGAUAUACUCCGGGUGGCACAGCAAACGGCGUAAAAAAGUGAACCCCAACGGGAGCGGAGGAGGCAGCAACGGCGGUGGAAACGGACACGGCCACGGUUCCAGCCGGGGCGGCGGGGGCUCGGGCCCCGGCAACGCGUUGUGGUUGAGGCCAAUCCACAACCUCCUGCAGCACCAUCAGCACCAGCACUGUCGCCUCAGCAACGGCGGGCAGCACGCCGUCAGCGUGACGGUCGCCGAGCACACGGACAGGGAGGGGCCCGUCGGGGGAGGGGAGGAGCUGGAGAUGAAGACGCUGGCGGGGCGGAGGGGAAGCACAAACGGAAAUGGCGCCGACAACCCGGGCGCCGUCGGCCACGGCGUGGGGUCGCUGCUCGGGCGGCUGAACGGGGGGAUGAACUACCCGACCAUCCUGCCGUCGUUCGUGUGCAGCUACAGCAGCAAGACGCCGCCGCCGCACUCGAAGCAGUGUGGGAGCGGUGCGGAGCAGCAUCCGUCCAACCACCCCACGUCCGAGCACGCCGAGACGCUGAACAAGCUGUACCAGCUGAUGGGACAGCACAGUCGCCAGAGGCUGCUGUACCAGCUGGCAGGCGUGGUGCCCAGCCCUCUGCUCCUGGAGCUGCUCAGCUGCCCGCUGUGCGCUCGCAGCCUGGAGACCUUGGAGCUGGAGCUGGGGGACCUGGAGGGGGGCAAAGGAGAGGCGGACGGGCUGCACGACUACCCACAGUGCGGAGAUCUGAGAGGAGGGAGAGGUCGGAGCAGACGGCGCGGAGUGGUGGAGUACAGAAACGGCGUGAUCCGGGCCUGGGUGGACUUCAGGGACAAGCUGAGACGAAUCGUGGAAAGUAAAUACUUCAACCGAGGAAUCAUGAUCGCCAUCCUCGUGAACACUCUCAGCAUGGGGAUCGAGUACCACGAACAGCCUGAGGAACUGACCGACGUGCUGGAAAUCAGCAACAUUGUUUUCACCAGCAUGUUUGUCUUGGAAAUGGGCUUCAUGCUGCUCGCUUUCGGCCUGUUUGGAUACAUCAGGAACCCUUACAACAUAUUUGACAGCAUCAUUGUUAUCAUCAGUGUGUGGGAGAUAAUCGGACAGUCGGACGGCGGGCUCUCGGUCCUGCGUACUUUUCGUCUUCUGCGAGUUCUGAAGCUGGUUCGGUUCCUCCCGGCUCUGAGGAGACAGCUGGUUGUGCUGAUGAAGACGAUGGACAACGUGGCCACCUUCUGCAUGCUGCUGAUGCUUUUCAUCUUCACUUUCAGUAUCCUGGGCAUGCAUCUUUUUGGUUGCAAAUUCAGUCUUGGGACAGAGAAUGGGGACACUAUUCCGGACCGUAAGAACUUUGACACUCUGCUCUGGGCCAUUGUCACUGUAUUUCAGAUUCUCACCCAGGAGGACUGGAACGUGGUGUUGUAUAACGGCAUGGCCUCUACCUCUCCGUGGGCAGCACUUUAUUUCGUCGCUCUCAUGACAUUUGGGAACUACGUGCUCUUCAAUUUACUCGUGGCCAUCUUGGUCGAAGGCUUCCAGGCUGAGGGCGAUGCUAAUCGGUCAGAGUCAGACGAUGACAAGAAAUCAGAUAACUUCGAUGAAGAUGAGAAGGUGCAGCAGCUCAGAGACACUGAGCUGAAGAUGUACUCUCUGAUGAUGACGGCAAAUGGUCACAUUGACCCUCGGGGCUCGAUAGCCCCUCCCAUAAUCAUGCACACAGCCGCCACGCCGAUGCCCACUCCCAAAAGCUCUCUGGGACCCGACUCUGUCCUCGGGGAGGAUUUCAUGUACAGAGAAGGAGCGCCUAAUUACGGCGAGGGGGGCCUGGGCUUCUCCGACGCGGGGAGUGGUCGUGCAGAGUCUCGGCGUGGGAGCUCAACAUCAAUGGACCCGGCGGCGUAUGACCAGCGGUCUUUGAGCCUCUCAAGCCCGGGCCGGCGCUCGCCUCUCCCUCCCCGCGGCUCCGGCAGCUCGUGGGGAAGCCGCCGCUCCAGCUGGAACAGCCUCGGACGAGCGCCGAGCCUGAAGAGGCGAGACACCAGCGGGGAGCGGGAGAGCCUGCUGUCCGGAGAAGGCGGCGAGGAGGAGGACGGCAGGGACGACAAGGAGGAGGCCGGGGCAAACAACAGGCUGAAGCCGGUGUCCCUGGAGCUGCUCCAGGCCUCCACCCUCUGCCCCUCCAUCAUCGCAGAGUACGGCGACUGCAACGGGAGGACCGUGACCUAUGACCCCAACCUGAACUCUGACCCCAAGGACGACUCCUCACCUGAGGACGACAUGGACGAUGACAGUUCUUUUGGCUACUGGGUCAAGAAGGAGCUGAACAGCAUGAAGCCACGCUGGUGCAAAGAACAUGAGGACUGGACGCUGUACUUGUUCUCCCCAGAGAGCCGGUUCCGCAUGUGGUGCCAAAGUGUGAUUUCUCACAAACUGUUCGACCACGUGGUUUUGGUUUUCAUCUUUCUCAACUGCAUCACCAUCGCUCUGGAGCGGCCCGACAUCCUGCCCAACAGCACGGAGCGAGUGUUUUUAAGUGUGUCCAACUACGUUUUCACUGUGAUCUUCCUAGCAGAGAUGGCCAUUAAGGUUGUAGCUCUCGGUUUCUGCUUCGGAAAUCAGACUUACCUCCAGUCCAGCUGGAACGUUCUGGACGGCGUCUUGGUCUUCGUGUCUUUGGUGGACAUUUUGGUUUCUCUGGCGUACACUGGCGGGAACAGGAUCCUGGGAAUCCUCCGAGUCCUCCGUCUGCUGCGAACGCUUCGCCCGCUGAGGGUUAUUAGUCGAGCCCCGGGUUUGAAGCUGGUUGUGGAGACUCUCAUCACCUCUCUCAGACCCAUCGGGAACAUCGUCUUGAUCUGCUGCGCCUUCUUCAUUAUCUUUGGUAUCUUGGGUGUCCAGCUGUUCAAAGGGAAGUUCUACCACUGUGAGGGUCUGGACACCAAAAACAUCACCAACAAGUCAGACUGUCACCUGGCCAACUACCGCUGGAUACGGAGAAAAUACAACUUUGACAACCUCAUUCAGGCUCUGAUGUCCUUGUUUGUUCUGUCAUGUAAGGACGGCUGGGUCAACAUCAUGUAUGACGGCUUAGACGCAGUGGGAGUGGACCAGCAGCCUGUAAGAAACCACAACCCCUGGAUGCUCCUCUACUUCAUCUCCUUCCUGCUCAUCGUCAGCUUCUUCGUCCUCAACAUGUUUGUCGGCGUGGUGGUGGAGAACUUCCACAAGUGCCGACAAGACCAGGAAGAGGAGGAGGCGCGCCUGCGUGAAGAGAAGAGGCUCAAAAUGAUAGAGAAAAAGCGCAGGAGUAAGGAGAAUGGAGGGGCUGAGGCCAAGCAGAGGCCGUACUACGCCGACUACUCCCCUCUACGCCUGUCCAUCCACACACUGUGUACCAGCCACUACCUGGACCUCUUCAUCACGUUCAUCAUCUGCAUCAACGUCUUUACGAUGAGCAUCGAGCACUACAAUCAGCCCCAGUAUUUAGAGGAGGUUUUAAAGUACUGUAACUACGUGUUCACCUUCAUCUUCGUCAUCGAAGCCCUGCUGAAGCUGGUGGCUUUUGGCAUACACCGGUUCUUCAAAGACAGGUGGAAUCAGCUGGACGUAGCGAUAGUGGCGCUCUCCAUCAUGGGCAUCACACUGGAGGAGCUGAAAAUGAACGCAGCCCUACCAAUAAAUCCCACCAUCAUAAGAAUCAUGAGAGUGCUCAGGAUAGCACGAGUGCUGAAACUCCUGAAGAUGGCCACAGGGAUGCGAGCUCUGCUGGACACUGUCAUGCAAGCACUUCCGCAGGUUGGAAAUCUUGGUCUCCUCUUCAUGCUGCUCUUCUUCAUCUAUGCUGCUCUGGGAGUGGAGCUCUUUGGCAAACUGGAAUGCAACGACAACAACCCCUGUGAAGGUCUGAGUCGUCACGCAACCUUUGAAAAUUUUGGGAUGGCCUUCCUCACGCUGUUUCGAGUGUCCACAGGAGACAACUGGAAUGGGAUUAUGAAAGACACGCUGAGGGAGUGUCACCCCGACGACCGCCACUGUCUCCACUACCUGCCCGUCGUCUCUCCCAUUUACUUCGUCACCUUCGUGCUCAUGGCCCAGUUCGUCCUGGUCAAUGUGGUGGUGGCCGUCCUGAUGAAGCACCUGGAGGAGAGCAACAAGGAGGCUAAAGAGGACGCUGAGAUGGAUGCAGAGAUCGCCUUGGAAAUGGCUUUGGAGAGAGAACGCAAACUAAGCACAACUUCCAGCACCAGUUCAGCAGGAGGGACCUAUGUGGGGCCGUGUCCUCAUUCGCCUGGUCAGGAGGAAGAAGUGCAGUACAAGAACCAGGACCUGUUGUCAUCAGGGAAGAUGUCUGUAUCCAGGAUGCACUCCCUGCCAAAUGACAGCUACAUGUUUCGACCUGUGCGGCCAGCUAGCGCCCCCUACCCCCUGGAGGAGGUAGACCUCAGCCCCCAGCACCAGCAUUCAGUCUCAGUGAUGUCGGUCCACUCCCAGCCUUGUGAGGGCCGCUCCCUGCUGCAGGUUCCAGACGUUUCCCCUCCCACCCUCACCCUGCCCCGCAUCGCACCACCAACACCCAGCCCUUCACCACGGGCCCUGCACAGACAGGUGGCGGUUAAAGUGGACUCUGUAGAGUCUCAGGGUCACGAGCAACAAGAGAGGCGCGGUUCCGUCAACCUGCCUCCCCUGUCCCCUUCUCCAUAUUCGUCUCAUACUUUCUCGUCGUCUCCUCUGCCGCCUCCUCCUUCCUCUCCCUCGGCCUUCUCCCUCCCGCCUUGCUCCCCGUCUCCCUUCCAGCUCUCGCCGCCCUCUCCUCUCCCUCUCUUACCGUCUUCCCCGUCGCCCCUCCCUCCCCCGCCCACCUCUCCCGCUCUCCUCCUCCCUCCCCCUCCCUCCCCUCGUCUCCCCCUGCGCCCGGCGAGCCUCCGGCGGCCCCGUCCGGCCUCCACCAUCUCCUAUUCCGACCCGGCCGACGAGGAGGUGUACCACAUCACCAGCUCCGCCCGCCUCCGGUGGAGAGACGAGGAGGGAGGGGCGCAGGAGGGCAAGGUCAAAGCUGGCCGCAGCCACUCCCUCUCCCCGUACGCCUUGCCGUGCUCCCUGGAGUCGUCCCCCCCCGCCCUGCUCCCGCUCCCGCCCUCCUCCUCCAGGAGCACGCUCAGUCUGCUGGGGGCGGGGCUGAGGGACUUCAGGAAGGGCGUCAGCGCCGACAACCAGGGCUUCCUGGACGAGCCGCCAUCGCCGUCCGCCGGCCACGUCGACGACCAUCGACGCCACUCCAUUGAGGUCUGCCUCCCCCAGGCUGACCACCAGCACCUCGCCCAGGAAAGGCCGGAAAGGGGCGGUCCCGUCAGGGUGCAGUCCGUCGGCAGUAACCACAGGAAGAAGAAGAUGAGUCCCCCGUGCAUCUCCAUCCACCCGCCCUCGGAGAGGGAGCCGCCCCACCCCUCGCCCCCGAAGCUGGCCGACUGCAGCAUGAUGCUGAGGCGCCGGACGCCGUCCUACGACCUGACGCCGCACAUGCAGCAGGACGCCUCGGCGGACGCGCAGACGCACUCCCCGAGGCACGCGGCGCUGCCGCCCGUCCACGCGCCGCUUCAGGCGCACUCGCCGACCCACACGCUGGCGCCCGCCCAGGCGGCCGCCCCGACACGCGCUCAGACUCACACCCCGCCGCUUCCGUCCACACCGACGCACGCACACAUCCCCAUCAGCCCCAACGUCUUCAUCCAGCCGCACGCGCCUCUCGUCCCGAGCCCCAUGCCUUUUCCACAGACGCGGCCCGUCUCCCCCGCCGCCAGGCGGGGGGAGUACAUCCCCCUCCCCCAGUUCACCUUCGACCAGCCGCAGUCCAGGUACAUGAGCGGCCUGCAGGCCGGCAUCGCGGACUCUGACGCCGCCACCUGCUCUUCCCCGUUCGACACCAGGCUGGGAAGCGGCGCGGGGUUCAACGCAAAGAACAGGAGGACCGCCCAGUAAGCAGCGAGGGUGAAUUAUCUGGUCCACAAAUCCCUGAAGCUGGAGGAGAGCGCCCUCGGCUGACCUCAGCGAAGUCUGAUGCUCGGGCAGAGGAGGAAAAGAAGCCCACUGGGAGACGAGGCUUUCUAAGAGGAAUAUUGAAAAGACUCACGUUGCUCUUUUCAGAGAGACACUGGUACAGACUCCUUCAAGAAUAUUAGACAAUGGAUCCAUUUUUCUAAACCCACCUUGAAAAACUGCAGAUCCACCGAGGCUGUACCGGUCAAACAAUACUCACUGUACGUGGUGUGUUCGGAACUAACGCUGACGACACACCAGGACUAAAGCCACCUAACUUCGUAGCCAAAGUUUUUUUCACACACUGUCCUCACCCACGCAAGCCAAUCAGGAAGCAGCGUCUGGCUGAUGACCUCUGACCCUCUUUAGGGGAAGCGGUUUGUGAAAUGCGAACGUGGGGUGGGGAGAAAUCCGUGGGAUAUGCAACUUCAGGUUUUUCACAGAAGUUCUGCUUGCCCCUCCUCUGCUCCUCGAUCACAUUGAUCGGAGCAGAAGUGUGUGUGCGCGCGCGCGUGAAUGAGUGUGUGCGUUUUAUCCUACGUGUGUGUACAUCGUCACGUCUGUCGUCACGGAUGUCAGCCAUGUUAUUCUUAUGCUUGCGACGACAGAGAGGGGGAGCAGGGCAGAGCUGUAGUGUACGUUUCUUUGUGUAUCUGUGCAGUGUAAAUAAAGGAAAAUACUGUAUUUGGUGAGAUUAAAAAUAGCUCUAUCCAUAUGCACAUAUUUUUAUAGAGAUCUAAAAUGUUUUUGCACACAAAUUUGAAUUUCGAGUUGCUUGUUUUCCUUCUGUUGUCCUCCUGUGAAUGUAUGUUUCUUUUCAACGCCGAGAGAGCAGCGGAGGAGCUCGUCCCUCCUUCCGGCCUGCCAGUGGAGGUUAAGCAGAGGGGAUUUUAUUUUUCUAUUUAGAAGACGAGAAUGAAAAGAACAGGGGUUUGGUGUGUAUCUGUAGCUUUGUCUCAGAUUUCUGUGUGUCUGGUGUCUUAAUAACUGUCUCAAGAAGCGGGCUCAGUGAUGCUGGUCAGUUCAAAUUUUGAGAGAAAUUUCCACAUAAACUCCAUGAAUUUUGAGUGUGGAGAGAAUUGAUGGCUAAAAAUGCCCAUCAAAAUAAAAAAAAGAUUGCUAUUAUUUUGAAGGAAUUGGGAUAUUUUAAAGAAUAAACAACCAGGCAAUGCCGGCUGUGAGACAAUGUUUGUAAAGUGUAAUAAAUAAAUAGUGUUAUAAGAAGGCAUGGCAUGGCAUCAUUGAGCCUCUCUUCUACUACUGUUUUCAAGCUGGAUCAGCCCAGACACCUUUGUUUCUGUACAUCUAAAGACAACCAAACUAACUAACUUACUAAAUAUGUGUAGCCAGAGUGCAAUAAUAAUAUAUACUUGUGGAAAAUAUAGUAACAUCCACACUACAUAAAACAGCCACACUCUUGUAUUCAUACAUACUGUAGAACUGCUAUAUAUGAUAUGAUUUUUAUAUAUUGAUUGAGACUAUUUCUAUUUCUAGUGUUCAUGAUACUUUAGGUACUUGUGCCCUGAGUGUGGCUGUGGUGGCGAGGGUGUGGCUGAAAGCAGUGUUAGGUACUGUAGAUUUCUCUAAAAGCUCAGGCCCGCCCGCCAAUGGUGUCACUGUACGCUGAAGACCGACAUGCAUCUCUGCCGAGGACCCAAUAAGCCAUCCGUCACUCCGCCUUUUCUUUCUGGAAUCCUCACCGACCCACCCUGUCUCCACAUGUCAUUUCGCCCCUCAACAACGCUUUCUGUCAUUACUUUCACAUCUUACAGUGUCGUUUUUGUCCGGUGAUGAAUUACUUUCUCAUCAAGUCAUACUACUGUUCUGACACAGCACAAUGUGGAUUUCGCUUUUGUGCACGGUCUGGUUUGCGCAGAAACACACACAGAGGUCUUACGAGCUUCUCGAUUCCCUUUUCAAAGGCGGCUGGCUGGGACGGCGUCUUUCUUUUCUGUUCGUGAUCAGCACACACCAUGCACAAGACCUCAGCAGUCUGAGCAGAUACCAAAGUGCUUUGAUGCUUUACCGUAAUCACUCUCACACUUUCAUAUUUGAGGAAUUUGAAAUAAUCAAUCUUGAUAUAUAUUGCAAACCAGAGCAAACUUACAGUGCUUGUGGUAAAUGUAUCUGGACAGGUUGGUGGACAACAGUAUUUAUGGUAUUUAAUAAUUUAUGUCGAUGUCAGAUAUGUAUAAAGUUCUUUCAAAAGCCUGCAGGAGUUUUGCUGAUACUUGCAGAGACCUUUGUAAUCACAUCAUCGAUCACCAUCAAGCCAUUAUUCUCCUCGUCACAUCCUCACCGGCAUUUUUUUCUUCUCCUGAGCAGUAUGCAUGUGAAAAGGGCACAAACGUGAGGUGAAACAAAAGAAAACACACAAAGUGGCUGUUCCAUGUCAGCCCCCAUUCUGCUGAUCGCCAUGUUGGACGUAGGCGGAGCCUCCCGGCCGGCAGAAUGUAAAGGAGUCACAGAUUGAAAGUGUUGCUGCUGAUGAACUCGGCUGUCAAGCUGGUUCCUCUUUUAAUAGCACUCUUCUUCCAGUUCUGACAUCCAGACGCACUUCUCAUGUUGGAUUCUGACAGGCUAGUCCUUCCCGAACAUGGCACAGUUGGUUAUUUCCCUGGUUUAGAGUCAUUUUGAUACAAUAUGUCCUUGAACACUGAUGUUGUGCAACUGCUUUGUCUUGCUUUUUUUUUUGUUUGUUUGUUUUUUUUUGUUUUUUUCCCCCCUCUUCCUGCACAGAUUGUCAGCAGCGGGGGGUUUGAAAAGUAGUUUGAAGACAGCUUCUUUCUGUCUCAGUCUUAUUUGACUCGGUGCAGAUAGAUCCAGUUGAAAGCAUAUUGCCAUAUUAUUGAAAAUGGUCGGUAGAGUGACUGCGUACAUGUUCUUACGAUUUACAGAUCUUUGGAUCUCAGUAUUUAAAUCCUGUUUUUGAGGAAACAGUUUUGAUUAUUGCAUGUUCUGAUUCAAGAAGAAAAAAAAAAAACCUUUUGGGAAAGAACCAUCUGGAUGUUUUAGAGAUUUUGAUAUUUGCAUUUUCAGAUGUUUCCAUUUAUAGAUUAACUACCUACUUGCACUGGGCUUUUAUUAAUUGGUAUCUGAUAAAAUACUAAUUAAAUGACCCUAUUCUUUUUUGUCCAAUGCAAUACCGGGUGGUGAUUUACUGUAGGAGGACAGAUCUCCUCUUUAUACAGUUUUAUAGAAAGAAAUGGAAACUUAGCUGGUUCUAUUUUGUUUGGAACCAAUGUUAUUUAACGUCGGGGUGAGCUUUUUUCACUUUUCCUCCUGAUACUCUAAACAUAGUCGAACUCUGGUAAUGGUGAAAAUAAUUAUCUGAUGUAUAUUUUAUGUAGGAGUAGCCUCACACCUGACGCUCUGUAAAGGACUGCUCGGAGUGAAGAAUACGUUUUGUUAGUGAACCUUGAGCUGAUCCGGCGCCGUCCGAGUGGAAGAGAGUUAAAACUGUGAUAGAACUUGAUUUUGAUGAAUCAGAAGCCUUUUCUUUCUUUCUUGCUUUUCUUUUUUUCUUUUUUUUUUUUUUUUUUUUCUUACGACCCUUCAGUGAUUGGCCCAGGCACCCCCAACCCCAGCCCUCCCAAGGCCUUACAAGGAUGGGAGGAGGUGCGUCGUGUUCUGUGUGUGAGGAGAGGAGAGGAGAGCGCAUGUGUCUGCAAUAAUAAGCCCUCCGUCAUUCCCCAUACCAGAGGGAGAAGGGGGGGACCGGGGUGUUGUUCGAAGGCUCGACACACAGUCGGACUCUUAUCUAUUGUAUCGUUGCUGAUUAUUGUGUGAUGACCAACCGUUGUCCUGAAGGAUGUUUCCCUGUCAAUUAAAGAAAACAAGAUUCUUUUCUU